CUGAUAAAUUCAAAUAAAAUUUGGCUUCCUUUCAUUCAUUAACCUGGUCACACAGGUGAACGACCCUGACAAUCACAGAAUCAGCUGUGAUGUCAGAAAUACUUUCCAAACUCUAAUUUUAAGUACCCAAGCUCUCUGAAAGGUUCCGGACCCCAAAGAACUGUCCAUCCAUCAUACCCUCUCCUUCUACCAUUCAACAUUUAGUCAGGUCAACAUAUUAAGCAAAUUAUAAUUUUUAACCCCAACAAAGGAGUUUAACUGAAUGCCUCUCCACUUAAAAAAAAAUCUGAUAAAUGAGUCCCAGCUUCUUCUAUAGAAAGGUGUAAUUAAAAACUAAUAAAAUAAAAUGAAUGGAGCACUGAAAUUGAACACUUUCAAGUAUUUUUCUUAUGGCAGCAAUUUGCUAAGAGAGAGAAUCCUAAUCAAUAACCCAACAGCUGAAGUGUAUGGCACUGGCAGGCUGCAUGGCUACCACUUAAUGUUUGACACACCAUUUGGUUGUGGAAAGAGUAGAUGGUAUGGAGCGGCAGCCACUGUCCGUCCUAAACACGAUAGUUAUGUUUAUGGUGUUAUUUGGGACCUUGACCAAGAAGACAUGGAGAAACUUGACAGCCAAGAAGCCUAUUAUAACCCCAUUGAAGUGCUAGUAGAAGGAGAUGAUGGAGAACUGGUCUCAUGUAGGACAUAUGAGAUGCAACAGAAUACUACUGGAUAUGGCCUACCAAGCCCACAUUACAAGAAGGUAUUAAUUGAAGGAGCCAAGCAAAAUGGAUUGCCAGAUGAAUACAUUACUUAUUUGGAAAGUUUCCCCGACAACGGUGUCACUGAUACCCCACCCAAUUACCGUAAAGUGAUGGAUAUGCUUGAAUCCAUACGUGCUGAAGACUGCAACAGUGAAUUGGACAAGUUUAAGAAAAAUAGCUCAUGAUCAUAUGCUAAAAGAAACGAAUACAUUUAUUCAAGAGUAAAAACAAAAUCCAUCUCCUUUUCUAACCAUAUUGAUUACCUCUUUAAUAAUAUAUUCUGCAUAUUAUAGAAUUCAGCAUCUGUUUUAAAUACAUCAUAUUCCAAAAUUUCCUUUCAAGUAAAACAGUGUAAAUGUGUUAAAAUGAAUUUUGUGUAAAUUAUUUAGAGUUAGAUUUACAGUACAUUAUCACAUACAUUGAAAGAAUUUUUUAAACUAUUGAAUUUAGUUCUCAUUCAUAUCUGUGCAAUUUUGUUAUUUAGUGUAAGGUCAAAAAAAUCUUUCAUAAAUCUAACAUAAAUUCUACAUUAAAGGAAAAAAGUGAUAUGGAUUAAUGUAGGCAAAUAUUAUAAUUUGUUUUAAAUUUUGAUAAAUAAAUCCAUGUAUAAAGCUACCUUAUCAUUUUUGUUAAGAUGUGUUAAAUAGUGCAUUGUUUGCUCUUUACUUCUAUAUAGUAUUCCUGAUGUACUAAGUCACUAGAAUUAUAAAAAUACCGGUGCAGAUGUAAUAUGUUAUACAAUUUUUGCAGCUUAUUUAAAAACACUUUAUGACUGACUUUGAACACAAACCCUUGUUAAAUUAUGGUAUUUUAGUGACAAUUAUUUGUAACACCUAUACUACAGUAUUUUUUUAAAUAUCAUUGCAUAUUUUACCUGUAUAUCUUUUAUUUAUGCAUUGGUAAUUAGUGGUUGUCUUAAAACUGAGAUAAUUUUAGUAGGCCUACCUGUAAGUUUUAUAUUUAAAGCAAAUUUUAGGUUUAUAAUACCCUGUUUAUUUAGUCUGUGAUCUGUAAACAUGCACCAUUUUCCCACAUGCACAUUCUCUAUUUUCUCACUUUUAUUUUCUUAUACUAUUCAGCUUUCAAUUUUUAAGGGAUACAUGCAACAUCUCCACAUUUGAUUGAAUUCCUGAAGACAUCGGGCUAUUUCCCCCCUCCCCCCCCCCUUUAAAACAACUAAUCUCAAUUUCUAUAAAACCUUGGAAUAAUUACUCAGAAAUUGUUUAAAGUAUUUAUAAUUUUGUUUGCAAGUACUUUAAAAUGGUUUUUAUCUGUGCCUUCAUAAAGUUUAAUAGAACAGUAAUGUUUUAUAAUCUUUUGCUAAUGGAAAGUGAAUCCCUUCAACCUUUCAGCUAAGUUGGUUUUUUUAGUGUUAAGCAUCUCAUUAGUUAUUUUUAUUAGUUAUUAUUGCACAAUUCUUAGGAAUUUAAACAACUGUCAAACUAAUUUAUUGCAGUAUAUUUAUAUUUGUUUAAAACACAUUAUCCUAAGCAAUUAAAUUAUUGCAAUCAUUAAGAACAUAUCUAGCAAGAAUACUCCUUGUGUUUCACAUACCACUGAUGUAGUUGUCACAUUUAGAUUAAAAGCAUUUAAUUAUUAUUAGAAGUAUUUCCACAGUUAAUUUUUAUUUAAAGCUCUACAUUUAUCUCUAAUCUGCUAACUGCUGAUAACAUUUUAUUCUUUAAUAUUGGUUGUAAUACUUAAAAUUGAAAUUUUUUUUUUUGAAAAAAAUGUAUAUUUUAAUUAUAAAAUUGACUUUGACACCUUGAAAAGUUUCAAAAUUUAUUUAUCGAAAACUUAUUUUAUAACAUUUUAUUUAAACUUUUUGAAGAAUUGAGGCCAACAGAACAUUUUAAAAGUACAAUAAAAAUUCAAAGAUUUUAAACUUUGCUUGAGAUAUAAAUAUUUAUAUAUUUCAUUUUUUUCUUAUGGCUUUUUACAUUUAAUUAUAUAUUGUAGAGCUCACAUUGAGUUCAGAGAAUUUAUAAUUUUAUUUACACCAACUUAAAGUAACAUAGUAAUGACAACAUGUUGUCAUGUUACUUUCAGUUUUCUUGAUGUGUAAAAGUGUUCAUGAUAUUACUAUUUUAUAAUUUAAAGAGUUGCAUUUAGAUCAUACUGUAUUUUCUGAAGUAGAACUGGCAAAACAUGCAAAAAGCUAUACUUUUAGAUUUUCAAUUAGAUAUAUCAAAUAUACUGUUAGAAUCUGAAACAUUAAACAUUAAAGUGUGACUUGUAUAGUUAAUAAACUUCACCAUGUCCUUGGACAAUUUAUUAGCACAUAUCAAGCUUCUAAGUUUUUACUUGAUAACAUGUUCUGUGAUAUUAAAUUUUCUAUUUUGAAAGUUUGAAUAUUUUUAUAGUAAAUAAAACAGACUGUAAAUGAAUUAAACAAGUUGAAAAGAACAUCCUUUCAGCACUACAAAUUUAUAUGAAAAACCUUACAGCAUGACUAAAAUGUAGAAUUACAGAAAAAAAUCCAUGUAGUCUGCAGAGUAAAGUGAGAUAUACUAGUGUUAG